CCUAAAACUAAAACAGUAAAAAUUUCCUCACUACAGCCACACAGUUUGUAUGAAAAAUCCGUGAGAAAACCGACAAUUCAACAUAAUUCCAAGCAUCCCAUGUGGGAUUCUUCCAUUUUUUUUUCCCACAUUAGCUACCUCUCUGUCGUCGUUGUUCUGGUUCUUAGGAUCUUUUUUAGUGUAAGAGCCAAUUUCCAGUUGAAAAAUCAAAACCCAGGUUUCAAAUUCCUCUUGGGAUUUCUUUUUUGUAUUUCGAAACUAUGUGGGAAUCCGAGACUGAGUCUGUUAGAGGGAGAGAAUUCGGGAAUGGAUUCUUUAGCUCCACCAAACAUGGCUUCAACACUGAUGGAUUUCAGCUUAAGGGCCAGUCCUGGUACGUUGCCACUGAUAUUCCAAGUGACCUUCUAAUUCAAGUCGGAGAUAUUAAUUUCCACUUGCAUAAGUAUCCUCUGCUUUCCCGAAGUGGGAAAAUGAACAGGCUUAUCUACGAUUCAAAAGACCCAGACCUCAAAAGAAUUGUUUUCGAAGAUCUUCCAGGAGGGUCCGAGGCUUUUGAGCUAGCAGCCAAAUUCUGCUAUGGACUUGCAGUGGAUUUAACAGCAGGGAAUAUAUCUGGUCUCAGAUGUGCUGCCGAGUAUCUUGAAAUGACUGAGGAUUUGGAAGAAGGCAAUCUCGUAUUCAAAACCGAAGCGUUUCUUAGCUAUGUAGUGUUAUCUUCAUGGAGAGACUCCAUUGUUGUGCUGAAAAGCUGCGAGAAGCUCUCACCAUGGGCUGAGAACCUUCAAAUCGCAAGAAGGUGCAGCGAGUCGAUAGCUUGGAAGGCUUGUGCCAAUCCGAAAGGCAUCAAGUGGGCAUACACUGGGAAACCAAGUAAUGUUUCAAGCCCCAAAUGGAAUGAUUUGAAGGAUUCAAGCCCCAGUAGGAACCAGCAUGUUCCUCCUGAUUGGUGGUUCGAAGAUGUUUCGAUCCUCAGGAUCGAUCAUUUCGUGCGAGUGAUUACUGCAAUCAAAGUGAAAGGGAUGAGAUUUGAGUUGAUUGGGGCAGCAAUUAUGCACUAUGCUGCCAAAUGGCUUCCAUGUUUGAUUCAAGAUGUUGAGCUCCAAGCAGAUGAAAUGAGCAUAAGCAGCCAUAGUAAUAGCUGGAAAGGUGGAUUCCAUAUGAUCAUUCCCGGAACUAAAGAUGACAAUCUCUCGAUUCAAGCCAAGGAUCAACGGACCAUUGUUGAAAGCCUCAUCAGCAUCGUACCACCACAAAAAGACAGUGUGUCGUGCGGCUUCCUUCUCCGGCUUUUGCGGGCGGCAAACAUGUUGAAAGUGGCACCGGCUUUGGUGACCGAGUUGGAAAAGCGAGUCGGGAUGCAAUUAGAACAGGCAACAUUGGCUGAUCUUCUCAUUCCUAAUUACAACAAAAGUGAGACAUCGUACGAUGUGGACCUCGUUCAGAGGCUGUUGGAGCAUUUCCUUGUCCAGGAACAGACGGACAGUUCGAGUCCGAGUCGACGGUCUUUUUCGGACAAACAGAUGUACGAAGGAACACAUAGGGGAAAUAAUCUGAACCCAAAAAGCCGAGUGGCAAGGCUAGUUGAUAGUUAUCUCACAGAGGUUUCUAGAGAUAGAAACCUGUUGAUGACAAAAUUUCAGGUACUGGCUGAAGCUUUGCCCGAGUCUGCAAGGACCUGUGAUGAUGGGCUUUAUCGAGCAAUUGAUUCCUAUCUUAAGGCCCAUCCGACACUUUCGGAGCACGAAAGGAAGCGACUCUGCCGUGUAAUGGACUGCCAAAAGCUCUCCGUUGAUGCCUGCAUCCACGCAGCUCAAAAUGAAAGGCUCCCGCUGCGGGUGGUGGUCCAGGUACUCUUCUCGGAGCAAGUGAAAAUCAGCAACACGUUGGCCAACGCCAUCACGCUCAAAGACCCUGCAGAAACUCGGUACCAGCCAUUGAUAACCAACCGCAAGACCUUGCUUGAAGGAACGCCGCAAUCGUUCCAAGAAGGCUGGGUCACAGCAAAGAAAGACAUCAACACGCUCAAGUUUGAGCUGGAUGGCGUGAAGUCAAAGCACGUCGAGCUCCAAAAGGAGAUGGAGAACUUGCAACGACAAUUCGAAAAGAUGUCAAAGCCGAAACCGACGUCUGCGUGGAGCAGUGGGUGGAAGAAACUUGGUAAACUUACUAAGAUGACAACCGUGGAAAACCAUGACAUUGGACCUCAGAUCUCAACUACAAUUGAACAUGUUAGAAAACCGCCUAGAAGAUGGAGAAAUUCAAUUUCAUGAAAUAAAAUUUUGAAAAUUAAGAUGAAAAUAAAUAAAUCAACGGUUGCCAUGGAAAUAAUGAAACGGUGCCUUCACUAUUUUUUCUAUUCUAAAACGCAAUAUUGUAAGAGUUGAAUCCAUGAAAAUAUUGAUUUUUAGUUUAAUAAAUUGAAUUGAUAA